UAUCAAAAUGUGUGCAAAAUCUUAAUGAGUUAGGACAGUUGUGUUGCCUUAGUAAAGUUCAUAGAUUUAGAGUCAAUUUAAUGUUUGAUUUAAUUGUAUUGAGGAGACAGAUGUUACUGUAUUUUGUGUACUUUUCCCUGUUUUCUUUUCCUUGGAGGAUGUAAUUUUCUUACUCCUCAAAUUUAAACAGAGAGCACAUUCUAUAUCCACUGAGAAGGCUACAGUUUCUGCUACCGAUGAAGAUUCCAUUGCAGAUGUGAUGGAACUGCAUGAUGAAUUUCUCAGUUCAAUGCUGGCUCGUUCAGCUAAGUUACAGAUGGUCUUCAGAUGCUGGGAAAGAAAUGAUGUUAAGGAGGUCAUUGGCAUAAUGGCAAAGAUGGAUGAUCAUGCUGUGAUUGCUGAUGUUGUUAGCAUUAUAAUGGAAAAAAUUGAUACCAUCACCCUUGAUAUAUGCACGGGUCUUCUGCCACUUCUAGCUGACCUUCUACAAAGUGAAAUGGACAGGUGAGCGAUAUCUCUUCUG